GUGUUAAACCGCUCGGUACCACUCAGUAUUGAACCUUUGUUUUGAAAUGAAAAGAAAGUACGCUGUUUUGUUUUUGUUUUAUUGAUUUGGGUUUUGAGCCAACAGUUUGAUGCAUGGAUCGGUUUUGAGUUUCUUUGUUUACUUUGACAGAGCAUACACCCGCAACACAUAUUUCAUCAGUUGCUCAGUCAAACACUCACCUACUACAACCUGGCCAUCUUCAAGCCAAACAACAAGAAGGCCAGUUUGCGGUCCUCGGGCUGCUGAGGAAAGAUGUAACGUGACAUGCUGAACUUCCCGUGGUGGAUCCUGCUCCCUUGGCUUACUCUUGCGGAAGAAAAAACAUUGUUAUUGUGCUGUUUAUCACUUCAAUCCAAACGGUUAUUAAACACUGCUGAAGGAUUUGAUGGAUUGUCAUUGGAGACGGAAUUUAUCUGGCUUGUAAGAGGAAUCAUCUGCUGGAUAUUACAGGCUUACCUUGGAUCCAACAUAUUGAUAUUAUUCCCUUGGAUAACCUGCUCUGGGCCACUCUUGGGUCUUUAAAGACCAGUUCGCAUUGGAAUCAGGAUUUAUCUGGAUCUUCCCAAUGAAAGACAUGGGUGGACCCCCACAUGCUGGCCUGCGCAAGAAAAGGAAGUCGAGGUCUGAGAGGACUCGUGAAAGGACCUCAAAGUGGAUAAGCAACGAUCACGUCAAGGGUUCCGUCUUUCACUUGUCGUCAGAUUCUGAGCGAGAGGGAGGCAGGAACCCCUCCUCGUCCCGGCCUAAACCGCUACGGAGAAAACGAAAGGAGUCUACUUCUGCAGAGGACGACAUCAUUGAUGGCUUUUCCAUUGUUGGGUUCGUCACAUUGACGGACAUGGAGAAUAACUUGACCACAAAGGCCCAACAGCGCAGCCUAAACCAGGCUGGACCGUUACACAAAAGCAAGUCUGCCACGGUCUCCAAUGGACGGAUUUUGGAGUCCGACAUGUACAACAACCAUUAUCAUCAUCAUCAGGCAUCAGACCAGGAGAACACACCUAAUGUGUUUUAUACACAAGGGAAGCGGAAGAAGAAACACCUGAGCAAGAGAAGCACUAAGCUGAAACCGGGACAGAACCAGAGCAAAAACAGUGACAGUGGAGAGUCCAAGCCUUCUAUUAGAAGCAGCUCCAGAGACAGAACGACAGAUUGCGACACUGAGAGCGAGAACGACAAGGUAAGACUGACAUUUAUUCAAAAUAACAUCACAUGUUUCAUUUGUGACAUUAAGCAGCAGGAGGCAGGUGGUGACGUGCAGCAACUUUGCACAGCCAUUGAAAACAAGUGGACCAACAUUCCACAGCCCAGCAUCAACAACCUGAUCAGCUCCAUGCAAAAGAGAUGUGUUUCACUGGGUGAAGCAAAGGGUGGUUACACCAGAUACUGA